AGAGUUGAGGGGCGUUGGUGGUUUUGCUCAGAAUUUCCGUCAAAGGAAGUCUAAAGCAGACUAUUUUUAAGAUUAUCGAAGAUUUCAGAGAUCUUAAUAGCAUCCAAUAGUUAUGGCAGAUGAAGAGGCCAUGCCCGGCGUAGAGGGUCCCCUUGUCGCAGUCACAUUUCAGAGGACUCCUCACCAAAAACAGAAGUACCUGGAGUCUGAACCGAAAGCAUUGGGGGUGACUCAGAUUGCCCUCAGUGUGUUCAAUAUCAGUUCUGUCAUUGUCAUUUUCAACAACAGCAUGAGCAUUUUUGUUGAAGACUUAUCCCAAAUCAUUGGAUCAGUGUUUGUGAUCAUAGCUGGGAGUUUGGCCAUAGCUGCACAACAUCUCCAUCUUCCCACUCUGAAGUCCUGUCUGGGGAUGCAGGUAGUUGCCUGUGUAGCAUCAGUGUUCAACUUGAUCUUCUCUGUGUCAAACAUGGCUGGACACAAAUAUGGUUAUGGCUGCUGGAAAUACGUUGAAAUCAACAGCACUGAUCACGACAAUACUUGCUAUUCAUUCAAAGAUUCUACUGCACAUUACUUUGCUGAGUUGGUCCUGAUACAUACUGCUCUCAUCGCUAUCUCUGUCACGCUGGCUGCCUACUGCUGCAAGGUGGUCAACUGCUGCUUCCCCCCGGGACCACGAAUGCCGGUGAUCACAGUCCAAGUCCCUCCUGCUCAGCAAUGAGGAGCGAUACCAUGUGAGGACCAACCAAGACAAGAGAUCCAACCCCUUAACCAACCAGCAAAAACAUUUCUUAUACAUCAACUAAA